AUGUUACCCGACAACAUCUACAACAGCUAUCUCGAAUACAAAAAGGACACCAACACAUACAUCACUUGGCUUUGUAGCACUGCGACAAGCUGCGGCUACACGCCGCCUUACAAACCAUCUCAGGGAGCCACGGCAUCCCAGCCAAAGUCCCGGAAGAAGAAGCCGGAAGAGCGGGAAGUUAGCGUCAACGGACUCAUCGCAUGUGCGGAGGCAAUCGCCAAGAAACCGCCAAAGCAAUUCGUCGUCCCAUUUUACGCCGCUCAGUGUGCAGCACGGGCUGUCAAACUACGAAAAACGUCGACGCAGUGGCAUGGCAGUCAGAUAGAUGGAUUGGAGGAGUUUGAAAGGCACACGCUAAACAUUCUACGACCGUUCAUACGAAAGCCGCAGUUCGCCGAUGAAGAGAAGGAUAAAGUCUCGCGCCAUGGUUCCAUCAAUGGAAUUACCAAUCGCUUCAGUAAGCUUGAAAUCGAGGAGUUGGCCGAUCAAGAAGUUGACAACGCUGCUGUUGCGAUUGCGGAGAAACCCCCCGCAACACCACGGAUAACGUAUGUAGUUGAUAACAGCGAACACGAGCGCUGGGUGGCCAUGUGCUGCCUUCUGAUGGAUUACAACUGCGUUAAGGAGUUUAUCCGCUCGAACUGGCACGAAUACCUCCUAGGCAGGACUGUUGACCUUAUCACAACGAUGGCGACGACGCAGGCCGCCUUUCAAUUGCUCCGGACCGCUGUGCACCAUCUGACGACUCAGUUCCCAGAGUUGAGCUCGAUGGAGGCAUUUUCUCUGAACUUGAUUCGCCGAUGCAAUGGCGUUGUUCGCUCUGCUUCUAGUAAAGUCGAGUUGGACACCAGCGUAUCAUGCAUUCAGAUCCCCACGAGCUUGGCGCAAUUCAGCUGCUUAAAGACCUACUCCCUUAUUUGGCGCGUCUUGGACGGUUACGUCGUUGAUGAUUGCUUUAAUCGAUACAUACUGAUGGAAGAAAUGGUCGAGGAUGGGUUUCUCGCGAACGCAUCUUGGCCCGCCCUAGAGUCACUUCACAAUGCGUUGGAAGAUAUUGCAAGUAUGCAGGAAGCCAAGAUCCGGCAGGACCCGCCCGCUAUGGAUAACUUCACCCAACUUUGGCGAGAUUACUUUCAGGCCCUAUAUGGCGACGGUCUUGAUAAGAACGACUUUACUCGGAAGAUGAACGAGAAGCGCCCUGAUCUUAGUGUGGAGAUAGUUCUCUGUACAGAUAUCUACCUAGAUGUACAAAAUCUUAUACUCGCCACCGAUCCAAACCUCAUACCGGACGAUUACAAAAGAAACUGGUCAAGCAAGAACUCCCGCGAAAGCUCGGAUCAAAGCGAUCACGGUGACAUAAUGAACAGGUUGAGGCAAUCUCCGUUUACUUCGAAGCAUAUUCGUCAAGGACUCAAUUCCUUCCUUCGAAACGAAUCAGAAACAACGACGGUUGUCAGGGAUUGGCUCGUGGGAGAUAGGUUCUGGAAUCGGCGUGCCUUGGUCAAGAGGAUAUUAACGAGGAAGGGGCUAACGAAGGAGGAAGGGGCCAACGAUGGAAAGGUGAUCAAUGGUGUCUCCACUUGGGACUGGCCCCGUUACAACCCGUUCCUUGCUGGCAUGAUAGCUUUUGUUACCGCUCAAGCCGUCCAUGAGUUCAACAUGGUAUUUCAAAACUACGCUGGCUAUCCGGUAGCAUACGCGCACUUCUACAACUAUCUGCGACAAGCCCAUAGUGUGUCUUUCUUGACACCUCGCACACCUGUACUGGACCAAGAGUGGCCGGAUAUGGAAGCUUUCCUCAAAAUCAUGGGGGACAGGAGUAUAUUUGGUGGUGAUCGCCCAGCAAAUCUACAACAAUGUUUCCAACGUACACUAUUAUCACACGGUAUCCCUCUUUCAGCAUUUUCCCGAGGAAACCAUCGCAAAGAUUCACUUCCUAUCUCAAAACCCAAGCUCAAAGCCCUCAGCACGCCCAUCAUUGACGUGCUCUUCGAAGACGGUAUAAAUCGCCGCGGUUUUCUAAACAUCGCUCAAAAGAAAAUCCAAGACGUUAUUCGACGCGAGGCGGAUCGUCAUGUCAAUGACAACCACGAAGACGGCGCUGACCUCAAAUUACGCGACCUAAUCGGAUUUUUGAUAGCAUUUCGUCGCACCAUUCAGUACGAAAUACCCAAACUGCAUUUUGCGCAUAACCUGGUCUUUAUGCAGACGUGGAACAUCAACUUGAGGAUACACGAAGCGCUGAAAGAUGACCUGGAAAGGCAGCACGACGCCCUUUUCCUAGACACUCUAACCUGGAAAAAUGACCCCUCUAUUCCGUUGAACAUCAUGCUUUACGAGAAACUCUAUGAAGAGCAAACCACCGGCAACGAAAUGUCAACGACGAAAGUGUACUCAGAUCCUGUAUACAAAGCCGCCAGCAUUAUAAGAGACGAAAUAGAAAACGGUCUCAACAGAGUCACGCCAUGCACGAAACGCAUGGAGAUUCUAGCAAGCCAACUCAAGUUCACCAACCCCCUCUGCAAAGCCCAACAAGACUUCCACGCCAAAGAAUGGUCAGUAUGGAUGGGUGUCGACAAUAACCUCGUACGAGGCUCCAUCAAAAAGAUUGUCUUCCAAGAAGGCGCAACGUGGCUGCACCUCCCACUCUCAUUCCGCGAGUUCCACGCCUGUCCCCCUGCCGCGGACACACCUCCAGGUCUGCCAGAUGCCGGCCCGGACAGUCAAAAUGGCUCUGUAGCCAAAUUUACAACCAGAAAAAGGGAUAACCGUGCCGAUGGAGAGUUUAGAAGGGUGGUCAGCACUUUGUACCAGGCUAUGCAUCCUGCAGGUGCGCAUGUGCCUCGGGAGACAAGGGCUGAGAGGAUACGAGAAGGGCUUGCUGGGCUGGGAAAGCUUGCAGAGGAUCACCAUGUGUCGGAGGAGCAUCAUAAGAAGAUGGUUUCGCUUGUUGAGAAAUGUCUUGAAGACUUGAUGCGUGAGGGGCAGGUGGGUGGGGACAAGACGGACGAAAUGAUCGAGGCAGCGCCGUAG